AAAAUACUUUUAAAAAUGUAUUUCUCUGUUAUUGGUGUGUUAUUGUUAUGUGGGGGUGCAUUUUCGCAUACUUACCAUUUGGGUGCGUGUCCCAUAGUUGAACCCAUGCCAGGAUUUGAAAUGAAUCAGAUGUUGGGCGUGUGGUACGUGAUCCAGAAAACGUCUACUGCAUCCCACUGCAUCACGUACAACUUCACUAAAACUGACGAGCCUGGUAAAUACCAGAUCGAACAGAUCUCUCAGCACUUCAUAUUGGGUUUGACGCCAUUGAAGCAUGAUUACAGAUACACCGGCACUCUGACAGUACCAGACCCAGCUGUGCCUGCAAGGAUGAAAGUUCGCUUUCCGCUCAGCGUCGCAGGCUCGGCGAGUUACACAGUAAUGGCGACUGACUACUCAACAUACGCGGCGAUCUUCACGUGUCAGAAGCUUGCGUUUGCGCAUAGAAGAUCAGCCACCAUCUUGUCCAGAACAAAGGAGCUUGAUAGAAUCUAUGUUGACAAGAUGCGUGCCAAGCUAUCUUCGUACGGCGUAGACCCCUAUGACCUAUCACUGAUCUCCCAAAGCGAAUGCCCAAAACACCCGAACGGCACCACGGACGGUGUCAACAUUAAUAUCAACCCUGACACCUUCUCCUCUCAAAGCAUUGGAACGGCUGUCAGGAACACUGGGGAAGUUAUUGCUGACGGCGUCGAGUAUGUUGUAACUGCGGGCAAGAAGGUGUACAACAAGGUUGCGAGCAGCAAGGAGGACCUGACUGAAUCUCCAUCUGGAAACGCGAGGAGCCUUGACGCUGAUGCCGAGUGGUUGCCAUGAUGAGGCUGCUGUGCGUUGAAAAGUUUACAUUAUGAAAUUUAGAUUGGAAUACAAAAAGUAAGAUCAAAAGAAUAAUUAUUUAGGCUCGAUUUAAGUUGCCGUGGAACAGUAUAGUAGCUUUUUGUAACGAAAUUGUACAUAGCAUAAUGAACUCUGUGUCUAUUGUAUAACGUACAGUGGAUACCCUAAGACAUGUGACAACCUAGCUUAAAUUUUAGUUUUGAGUAGAUAAGUGUGAAGAAAAGUGUUAAACAAACUUAAGUUUUAACCUGUGAGCUGUAAUAUUAAUUUGACUUUCUUAUUGCAUCAUUAGUGCUAACGCUCUAAGAACUUUUUAAGCCAAUUGUCUUCAAUUACAUUACAUUCGAAAAAGCUUUCGAUCGUGUGGACCACGACAUCUUCCUCCACAAAUUGAAUACACUUGGUGUCCACGGAGAUGUACUUCGUUGGGUACAAUCGUAUUAGACCAUUCGCUCUCAAGCUGUGGUUCUGGGGGGAUUUAGAUCUGAUUACAUUUUAAUACCAUCUGGCAUUCCUCAAGGUUCGCAUCUUGGUCCUCUCUUUUACAACGCUUAUAUUUUUGACAUUAAUACACACAUAAUGAAUGCUAAACAUUUACUUUAUGCCGACGACAAAACGAUCUACAUGCGUGUGCGAUUCAUUGCUGACUGUGAGCUAUUAUUACAAACAACUCUGUACAAUUAUUAUAUUAACAACAGAAUCACGGUCAGUACUGGUAAAUGUCAAUGCAUUAGUUUUAUUACCAAUACCGGUCGCGCGACUUUCAAAGAAUUCUCGCCCAGACUCGGGACAUAAAGUUCAUUAUGGUUACAAAAAGUAAAACAAUUUUGUUCCUCGGUAAUGUAAAUUGAGCUCAAGGAUAUGAUAUAUUAAAUAUAAUAAUUUUGAAUGUGGAUCGUGAACAUCUAUUUCACCUUUGGUGUGUAAGUACGUUCUAAAUCAUAUACUUUGGUAUGAUUUUCGUUUUUGGGGUGCUAUUUACCUACAUUCUAUCGUACAUCUAACUUUGAAUUUCACUUAAGAGAAUUGGUAUUUCAAAAUUCGCGUCAGUUUAUCAUUAAAAAAGUCCUUAAAAUUAUUCAGAGAUUUUCGUGGUUCACAUUUACUAAAUGAUUAAUACUAUGUUAUAUCUUUUUAAUAUUGUAUCGACUAAAAGUGAAUACAAAAAGACAGUCAAACAGAGGGUACACAGAUAUGUCUGUUCUUAAAGCUGUCAUCUACCGUAGGCCAGUGAAACCACGACCGCGUGGCGUGUAACUGUGUAUGGCAAAACACCUGCAAAAAGAGCAUUAAUUGCGCAUCAAACUUCGUCGACCGACAGCGACAGCACGCUUGUCAGUCACGCCGUACUGUAUAACAAAAUCUUGUAAAUAUUACUCGAGUAAACCCAAAAAAAUUGUUAGUGAAAAAAAAAUCAACAAAGACGAAAAUUACAAUGAAAAGCCCGUUUUUAAGCUGUAAACCAUCUAAUGUAAUCAUAAUGUAAACAAGAAGUUUAGUAGAGACAGUAGAAGGAAUAACGUAGAACAGUUACUACUGUUGUGAAUGUAGAAUAGAAUAAAUGAAACAACGCAAUGUUUUGAAGAUGCUAUCUCUUUUUAUGAAGCUUUAAUACUCAACUCAUUAUAUUACAAUAUAGAAUACGUUUUGUUUAUGUAUUAGGCAGGUAAAAGAAUAAAUUCAUUGCAUCUGUCUCUUUCUUCUUCUUAUCCUAAAGAUGGCUUGCACUAUAAUGCUUACCAUCAUGGCCAAAGGAUUUGUCAAUCGGCGUAAGGUACUUUUCGAUUGUUGCCCAGGGUGUAGGAAAGGAGUCGUAGGUCGUGCAGGGACGCUCCUUUCGUGUAACCCAAUAAUAUGUUUCUUUAAAGAGAGGACAUUUAAUUUUAGUACUAGAGCUUACAAAUUCUAAUAGAGUUUUAUAAAUUUACCAACAAUAUCUAUGUGUACAUUUGAAAUUUACUCAUAAAGUAAAUGCAAGUAGUCUGAAAUGAUUGAAGGGCCAUUUUUAAACCACAGCUUGCUGAUGAUUUUUAGGCAUUUUUAUAGUAAAACAGCUGUUUUGUUUAGGUUAUAUUUUUACGUCUAUUUUUGGAAAUAGACAAGUUUUAUUGACAAAUUGUCAAAAUAAGUGUUGGU